AUGCAUAAGUGUUGUCUUAAGGGAGAAGAGAAAGAAACAUUCUGUAGAAAUGGACAGUUAGAUGUUUAUACCCAUCGAACACAUUUACAAAACUGGCAGUGUGUCAGAUCUACCAAGAAAGAGACAGUUCCAAUUGUCUGUUCGAAGGCAGUGAAAAUCAAGUAUGGUGAAUGCAGACCUCAAACCUGUCGGAGACCUGUAUUUCUAAUCAAAUCAGUAGCUGAUCCAAACAACUGUAAAUGUAGACAACACCAAAUUGUUAAAGAAGAGCGAGAAUGUUGUUGCCUUAGAAGAUCUCACCAGCGUCUUCUAUGUGUUGGGAACUGCAAAGUAGUCAUACAACAAAAAUAUAAAUUUGAUGCCGUCAAUGAGCGUUGUGUCAAAGAAAACUUUAUCCGCCGUAAAUGUCCUAAAUGUCCAAGUCCUAAUGUACUUGAAGGCACAUGCGACACAACUGGGACAUGCUUAAAACCAAUUCGUCAUAUCAAUUAUGUGAUCAAAGGAUGUCAGUGUCAAAGUGUAGAGCAAAUUCGUCAUGUACGCUGUUGCUGUCCAGCUCCAAGACAAUUGGGAAGCAAAUGUUUAGCAGACAAAGGAAUUAUCCAAAAUAAAAAUAUUUACUAUGAAUUGGAAAAAGAUCGUUGCAUAAAGCGCGUAAAAAUUGAAGAGAAACAAGUAAUCUGUCCCCAAAACAUAGAAAAAAAUUUAUCAGGGGAAAAUCAGUUCUGUGAUCCAAAUUCAUGUCUGCAGAUUGUAACAACCUUUAAAUGGAGCAGAAUAGGAUGUAAAUGUAUCAAACAACUGUUGACUGUACCACAAGUGUGUUGUUGUACAAAUCGUAUAGCUCAAAGUAAAAAGAACUGCUUACCAAAUGGAACCAUCAGAUUGACUAUUCAAAACUGGAAAUUCAACAAUGGACAAUGUAUCAAAGUGAACACAGUCAAAGAUCUACCACCUCCUUUAUGUAAACCUCAAGAAGUGACAUCAUUGGGUCCAUGCGACAAAACAUCUGGGAUGCAGCCUAUUUUGGUGACGCGAUCUGUGAUUGAAGAGUGUGAAUGCAAAUUAGUGUACAGAGAGAAACGUGACAGGAUAUGUGCUUGUGAAGCUCCCACAAUUCAUGUCAAACCGUGUGAUCGGAUCACCUGUCUUCAACAAACCACUACAAUAAAAUGGGCACUUGAAGCAAAAGAUAAUAAAUGUCAUCGUUUACAUCCUGAGAUCAAAAUGCGACCGUGUUGUUGUCGACGUGAAAUUGCAAAAGACAGUAUAUUCAAAAAGUGCAUUCCCACCAGCGGUAAAACUGAAAUCACUAAUCGAACUUACCAUUUUAAUAUCAAGAGAGAAAUCUGUGAAUUCAAAGACCAGAAGAAAUAUACCGAUCUAUCUUGUCCAACUGAAGCAAAUGUUAUCAAAGGUGCUUGUAAUCUAGCCAACGGAAUUGCUUUAGACAGUAUCACUUCAUGGGAAAAAAUAACAUCACAAUGCAAAUGUGUUCAAAGAACAAAAUAUCAGAAACGAAUAUGCUCAUGUAAACACUUGGAUAAAACCAUGAAAAAUCCCAUUUGUUCUGAACUACAUGGUAUGUUAGUGAGAAAGAAGACGGCUCAUACGCUUGAGAAUGGAAUAUGUUUACCGAAAGUAAUCUGGCUGAAGAAAGUUGUAGUAUGUUCAAGUCACAAAAAUGUGGAUAAAAAAUGUGAUCCUGUCACAUGUAAUCAACUGACCACUAUUAGUUGGUUCGACCGAAAAGAGUGCAAAUGUGUGAAGAAGGUGCAAUUUAUUCAGGGAAAGUGCUGUUGCCCUAAACCAGUAGAGUACCGCGAAUGUCAUCAAAACGGAAGUCUAUUAAUCAUUAAAAAAGUAACAUAUAACCUAGAUGAAGAAAAAGGAAUAUGUAUCAACCAAACGGACCAGAUACGUAAGGAUGUCGUAUGCAGUGUACAUGGCCCGCGAUUUAUAAAACGUAUAUGUGAUCGACAAACCUGUCAUCCUAUUACCAUCUUACUCAAAACGGUCUUAAAAAACUGUCAAUGCCAGAGAAUGAUACGAAAAAUUGCUCAUCCUGAUAUACAAUGCUGUUGUUCAGAACCAAGAUUUCAGGAAAAAUGUGAUGAAAACUACGGUAUCAUAUCACGAGUAACUUAUCGGUAUGAAUUGUUCAAAAGACAAUGUAUUACAAGAAAAUUCGUUGAUCAGAACAAAGUUGCCUGCCCUGAGGAGAAGGUCACGCGAGGUCAGUGCGACGUGAUAACGAAGUUGAGGCCUGUUCAACGGCGUUUCCAUACUAUUGUUGGUUGUAAAUGUCAAGUGAAGAUCGAAUCCAAAAUGGAACCAUGUACUUGCCCAUUACCAGUAUUAGUAAAGGAGAAUUGUACUGCAGGCAGAAUUUCUAGUAGAGUUUGGCGUUUGUCAUACAGUCUAAAAAGAAAUGAAGGAUCUAACAAAGUGGCUUGCGAACAAGAAAAGGAAUACUUGUUUAAAGAACCUUGUCAUUGUCGACCACCGAAAAUUUCAAAAAGAUGUGUAGGUGACAAUAUUAUUUACAUGAAACAAGCGGAACAUCUCAUUAACAGAAAUGACAGAAAGUUUUGCGCUAUUCGCCAUUUCAUGAAAAAGGUUCCUGUCACUUGUCGAGUAAAUGCUGUACGAGUUAAAGAAGAACAAUGUGAAAACGAUUUAAAACGUGUUACAUUUAUGCACGAAACUUUGGACAAAAAAACAUGUGAAUGUAAAAGUCAAGUGAAAAUUGAAUAUGAAAAAUGCGGUUGUGAAAAGGAUAACCGCGUAACAGAAUCUUGUCAAAAUGGAGUACGAGUAACUAACAAAGAAAUUGUGGUUUUCAGUCAGUCAUUAGGACGAUGUGUAAAAUCGAAUGUGCGCAGUGUACAUCCCGUAGUAUGUGCAACUAAACAUCAGGUAAUCAAAUCCAGUGGCUGUGCUAUUGAACGUCAAGAUGGAAUUUACCAGUCAGAAGAAAUACGGUGGGAACAAGUAUUAAACUGUAAAUGUGUCGUUAAACGGCGUCAAAUACUUCGUCUUUGCGCAUGCCCUAAACCAUCAAUCGAGAAACAGUGUUUGGAUACUGUCAAUUUAGUAGUCUACAAAAAUACAUUUAUGCACAUAGGUGGUCAGUGCUUACCAAAUCAAGAAGUUGUAACCACCGAAACUCGUUGCCAAGAAAAAGCUCAGAUAGUUGAAAGAUCAACAUGUGAGAAACAACCAAUGGAUAAAUCUGAUAUAACUAGACCUGUUUGUUUGGAAACACUGAAGAUUAGUGUACCAACUAUAGUGAACUGUAAAUGUAAACCGAAGAUUAUACAAAUCCAACGUCGAUGCUGUACAAGUGAACCGAAAGUGAAACAGAUAUGUGAUUCAGUUAGAGGUAGAUGGGUCAAAGUGAUUGAAAAAUAUGUCCUGGCACCUGGAUCGAUAUUAUUUAAAAGAGAUGACUUAGUUGUAUACGAUCAAAUUCAAAAGGUGACUAGUGAACAACAAGACCAAACUGUUAAAACUGGUCUACUAACCAAAGUCAAAACACACUACAAACGAAUCGGAUGUGAAUGCAAACCAGUGAAGGAAAUCACCCGAGGAAGAUGCGGUUGUCCACCGAAGCGACAAUGGAUUUCUGAAUGUAAACAAGAUUUCCGUUAUCGUCGAACAAUUCUGUUCAAACAAAUUAAUGGAACAUGUGUUCGACAGGAGAAAAUUGGUAAACAGCGCUGUGACUGCCCGAAACCUAUCGAUCGUGUUUACUGUGAUGGCAAUGGACGUUGGGUAAAAUGCACCACACAAUAUGUAUACAAUUCUAAAACACAUGUAUGUCGGUUGUUAAAACACUGUGUACGUUGGCAUGAUGAAUGUCCACGUCCUACAAAUCGUAUCGCUUCACCCUGUAAUCUACAAACACAGUUUAAACAUUUAAUCCAACAUGUACAAUUUGUGAAGAAUAGAACUAGUUGUAAAUGUGAUGCAGUCGUUAAAAAUCAGUGGAUGGAAUAUUGCAAAUGUGACCAACUGAAUCGAAAAGUUCACCAUUGUCGAAAUCACAACACUCGGACUGUCGGAUACUUGAAAUAUUCACUGGUAAAAGGAGAUUGUGUACCGAAACGGAUGAAAUAUUCUCAGCAACUCAGUAAAUUUCAUCAUAAACAGUCUGGUAUUCUCAGAAACAAAUGUGGAUUCAUGGAAUUCAAAUGUCCAUCGAAAAUUUAUAAUUCUGGUCCAUGUUAUAAAGGUGUCGUCAGGAAAAAAAUUAUCGUUUUUAAACGAACACCUGAUUGUAUCUGUUUACCCUUUGUUUACAAUAUGCUGAAAAAAUGCCCCUGUGGUCCUCCUUCGAAAGUACUUUAUACCUGCUCUAAUCAGAAACAAGUAGAAGUUGAAUCUAAAGCGAAAAAGCGAUCAGUUCAUCUUGAUACUUCAAGUGGUUCAAAAUGCGGUAAAAAUCAACAUUUCGUGGUGGAUCGAAACCCAUGUCCAGAAACUUGUGAAGGAAAGUUCUUUGGUGUAGAAUCAAAGUGUAGUUACAUAUCUUCCGGUCCUGGUUGUCAAUGCCGUCCAGGUUAUAUGCGUGAUGGUAGUUUGUGUGUACGUCCAAGCCAAUGUGGUUGCUUAGAUUCUGUUUGCAUUGAUCGUGAACCUACUGAGAAAUGCAAAUUAUGGAAGGCUGAAGGUCGAUGCCUAAAGGAUCAAGCAAUUAUGCAUCGAGUUUGUCGAGCAACAUGUCAGCAGUGUGAACGGCCUUGUGAAGAUCAAAUAGCCACAUCACAAUGUGAACUGAUCAAGAAACGGGGUGAAUGUCAAAUAGAUUUCUAUAAAUCAAUAUGCAUGCUUACAUGCUCACCCCACAAUUGUAGAUGCCCAAAAUGUCAUAUAGAAGGUGGACCAUGUAAUCCAGUUACCAAGAACAUCGAACUCCGUCACAUAUGCUAUAGACUUCAAAGCAACGGCACGUGUAAACCAUUAAUAACAAGGAGGUAUAGACCAUGCGGAGAAUGUCCAACACUAGUCAUGCGAAUUCCAGAAAAAUGCAACUUCUGUAAAGGAUUCGUACUAGGCUUGAGAAGGUGCCUUAUGGUUGAACGUACACAUAAAGAACGAUGCUCAUGCAAAACAAUAAGUUUGGCGGUGAAAACUUGUCGUGAUAACAAUAUUCCUGUGGUUAAAACAAUGGUUCGAGUGCAAACAUCAUGCGACAAAUGCAUGUACAGAAAAAUUAACGCUUUAGGCAAACGUGUUGAAUGUAAAAAACAUUGGAUAAAACGUGGUAAAUGUGAAAGAACACAUCUGGGACAAAUUGGUCUUACUCGAAAAGUGAUUUAUGCUAGACAAAUUACUAAGAACUGCAAAUGUCAACUGAUUUCUCGUGAGGAACGAGAAAUAUGUGGCUGUCCUCUACCGAAGCGCUCCAAUCCUAUUUGCAUAGCUGAUAAAGAUCAACUUGCAGUGAAAACCACUUAUUAUAAACCAAACAAAACUCACUGUGUGGAAUAUACUAAUGUUAGUUGGAUUCCAAAAAUACCCUGUCCACCAGCAAAUGGAAAGUCUAUGGUGGGGAAAUCAGGUCAAUUUUACUGCAAUCUGAAUACAUGUGAGCGAAAAUGGACAGGUAGUGUAUGGAUUCGGGAGAAGUGUAAGUGCAAAAGCAUAGAAGUUACUCAUCACGCUGGAAAAUGCUGUUGCCCUAAGCCUGAAUAUACCCAGUCUGAUUGUCAAAACGGAUUGUCCGAUGUCACUCAUAUCAAUUACAGCCUCGUAAAUGGUAAUUGCCAACGUCACAUCUUUCGAUUCACAAUACGAUGUAAUUGUCCGAAUUCUAAAAGCUCUGUACACUGCGAUGCAGAAAGCGGCAUUAAAACCAUGAAAACUAUCAAAUAUGAAAUGAAAAAAGAUGGAACGUGUAAACAAAUAGAAAUAAUUGAAUCUCAUCGGAUAAGUAAGCAUGUUGGUGAUCGACUUUCUCAUAUUAUUUAA